GUGGUGAAAAGCUCCGCCAAACUCACCUAAUGUAAAUGUCAGCUUGACAGGCAACGAUUUGUUUGGUACACGUCAUAAUUGUCAUUUCGUGCCGAAAAGCAACAUCACAGGAAAGAUCAAUUCAAGCUGAUAGCUGAAUCUCUUCGUGCUGUAUUUGCCAAAUCGCUGGCAAAAUGAAGAUCCUCAUUAAAAUAGCCGUACUAACGGCCAUAUCGCUGUGCCUGUUACAUCUGGUUAACAGCCAAUCUUCCAAAAAUGCCCGAAGCCAAGGACAACAGUCCCUUUCGGAAAAGGUUCAGCAACUGCUGGACAUGAACACCAAGCGUUCGGUGCUCCGGUUCAAUGGCAACAAGUUCCGGGACUUUGUCAAGUCCGCGCCCCGAAACUAUUCGAUCGUCGUGAUGUUUACGGCGAUGGCACCCGCCCGGCAAUGCGUGAUUUGUCGGCACGCCCAUGACGAGUACACGAUUGUGGCCAACUCGUACCGCUACUCGCAAACCUACUCCAACAAGCUGUUCUUUGCCAUGGUAGACUUUGACGAAGGCUCGGACGUGUUUCAGAUGCUGCGGCUCAACACGGCGCCCGUGUUCAUUCACUUCCCUCCGAAGGGAAAACCAAAACCGGCCGACACGAUGGACAUCCAGCGGGUGGGAGUGUCGGCGGAAGUGAUCGGAAAAUGGAUCCAGGAGCGAACCGAUAUCCAGAUCCGCAUUUUCCGUCCACCGAACUAUUCGGCGACUGUCGCGAUACUGAUGUUGACGCUGUUUGUCGGUGGUUUCCUUUACCUGCGCCGGAACAAUCUCGACUUUCUGUACAACAAGCAGAUGUGGGCGCUGGUUGCGGUGGUGUUCUGCUUCGCGAUGGUCUCGGGACAGAUGUGGAACCACAUCCGCAGCCCACCAUUCGUGCACAAAAGUCAAAACGGUGGCAUCGCGUACAUUCACGGAUCCUCGCAGGGUCAGCUAGUCAUCGAAACGUACAUCGUCAUGUUUUUGAAUGCAAUGAUUGUGCUGGGAAUGGUGCUGUUGACCGAAGCCGGCUGGCAGAACGAUCAUCGCAAGAGCAAAGUGACGGCAAUCGUCGGCCUGUUUUUGGUCGUUGUCUUUUUCUCGCUAAUUCUUUCAAUAUUCCGUUCCAAAGCGCAAGGAUAUCCUUACAGCUUCCUAUUUAAAUGAGAGUUAGAGUAAGCAUAGAAAGGAGAAGUCCGUCUAAAUUUACCGCCGCGCCAGGUGUGAACACGUUUGAUCACAAUCAUUGGAUCUGCAGUUACGUUUUGUGCAAUCAAAAGAGGGAGCUAAAUUUGCGUUCAUUCAACUACUAACUAGUAACAUAAACAAUUGACGAACACACAUAAAUAAUUGUUGGUACAAUCUUACCAUCUUUUGGGAAUCCUUCUUGCAUUAGUAAAGCGAUGAGUUUUAGUGCGUACGUUUAGCACGCGUAACUAAUUGGUUGAAAACAAAAAUAGUAAACGAACAAAUAAAUCCCCGUAAUACUGCUAGCGAAAUAUUGCUCACAAUUCCCACACCCAGCUCCGAGGCCUGAAACCGAUAGUGACAAGGGGCGAGGGAUUAAUAAACGAUUCGAUCGUCAAU